CAUUUUCUUGGAUUUUUGUUGAAGAGAAGGCCAAAGGUCACACCUUUAAAGGCAUUUUGGGGUAUUUAUUACAUAAUGAGGUGCAUUAUGGGUGUUUUAAAGGAUAAUAUAUCAAUGGUUUUUGUGGGGUUGUGAAUUUGAAGGGAAAAGUUGGAGUCUUGAUAGGUCUCCAUUGUGUUUCUUGAGAAAUGAGUGUUUCUGCCAGUGUUGUGGUUGGAUCUCAUGUAUGGGUUGAGGAUCCAGAGGUAGCUUGGCUAGAUGGGGUCGUUGUUGAAAUCAAUGGGGAAGAGAUCACAGUGGACUGCAACUCAGAGAAGACGGUUACGGCGAAUCUAUCCAAUGUGUACGCAAGAGAUACUGACGCGCCUUCUUGUGGCGUGGAUGAUAUGACAAAACUUUCUUAUCUGCAUGAACCAGGAGUAUUGCAGAAUUUGCGAAGUCGAUAUGACAUGAAUGAAAUAUAUACUUACACUGGGAGUAUCUUGAUUGCUGUGAAUCCCUUCAAGCGGUUACCCCAUUUAUAUGCUAAAAGUGUGAUGGAACAGUACAAAGGAGUUGCACUUGGGGAGCUGCCCCCUCAUCCUUUUGCUGUUGCUGAUUCUGCUUACAGGCAGAUGAUUCAUGAGGGGAUAAGCCAGUCAAUUUUGGUAAGUGGAGAGAGUGGAGCAGGCAAGACAGAAAGCACAAAAAUGCUUAUGCAAUAUCUUGCGUAUAUGGGAGGACGAGCUGCAGCUGAGGGAAGGAGCGUGGAGCAGCAAGUCCUUGAGUCAAAUCCAGUUUUAGAAGCUUUCGGUAAUGCUAAGACAGUCAGAAACAACAACUCAAGUCGUUUCGGUAAGUUUGUGGAGCUCCAGUUUGAUAAAAGGGGGAGGAUAUCUGGUGCUGCCAUCAAAACAUAUCUGCUGGAACGAUCCCGUGUUUGUCAAGUUUCUGAUCCUGAGAGAAAUUAUCACUGUUUCUAUUUGCUUUGUGCUGCGCCACCUCAGGAUGUUGAAAAAUAUAAAGUAGGGAACCCAAGGACAUUUCAUUAUCUGAACCAAUCAAAUUUUUUUGAACUAGCUGGAGUGGACGAGUCAGAGGAAUACCUGGCAACAAGGAAAGCCAUGGAUGUUGUUGGGAUAAGUCACGACGAGCAGGAUGCUAUUUUUAGAGUAGUGGCUGCAAUUCUUCACUUGGGAAACAUUGAAUUUGCAAAGGGAACAGAAACUGAUGCUUCGGAACCUAAGGAUGAUAAGUCUCGGUUCCAUCUAAAGAUUGCAGCUGAACUAUUCAUGUGUGAUGAGAAGUCCCUUGAGGACUCCAUGUGCAAACGUGUCAUGUUCACUCGUGAUGAGACCAUUACAAAGUCCCUUGAUCCAGAAGCUGCAGCUCUCAGUAGAGAUGCUCUAGCCAAGAUAGUUUACUCAAGAUUGUUUGAUUGGAUAGUGAACAAGAUCAAUAACUCUAUUGGCCAAGAUCCCGAUUCAAUUCUCUCAAUUGGUGUUCUAGAUAUCUAUGGAUUUGAGAGUUUCAAGACAAACAGUUUUGAGCAAUUUUGCAUUAAUUUGACCAACGAAAAACUGCAGCAACAUUUCAACCAGCAUGUUUUCAAGAUGGAGCAAGAAGAGUAUACCAAGGAGGAAAUUGACUGGAGUUACAUAGAGUUCAUUGAUAACCAAGAUAUUCUUGAUCUUAUAGAAAAGAAACCUGGGGGGAUUAUUGCUCUUCUUGAUGAGGCUUGUAUGUUCCCAAGAUCAACACAUGAGACUUUCGCUGAGAAGCUAUAUCAGACUUUUAAAGAUCAUAAGCGGUUCAGCAAGCCAAAGUUGUCUCGGACGGAUUUUACUGUUUGCCACUACGCUGGUGAUGUCACGUACCAAACUGAGUUCUUUUUGGAUAAGAACAAGGAUUAUGUCGUUCCAGAGCACCAAGCAACACUUAUUGCUUCUAAGUGCCCCUUUGUUUCUGGCUUGUUUCCACCUUUACCUGAAGAUUCUUCUAAACAUACCAAGUUCUCCUCUAUUGGUGCUCGAUUUAAACAACAAUUGCAAUCAUUGCUUGAGACACUUAAUGCCACAGAGCCUCAUUAUGUUCGUUGCGUGAAGCCAAAUAAUCUUUUGAAGCCAGAAAUUUUUGAGAAUCAAAAUGUACUCCAGCAGCUUCGUUGUGGGGGAGUUCUGGAGGCUAUUCGGAUCAGUUGUGCUGGCUUUCCUACUCGAAAACCAUUUGAUGAAUUCUUAAGUCGGUUUAAGGUCCUUGCUCCUGAAGUUUUAAAUGGAAGAAUUGACGAGGUUGCUGCUUGCGGAAGACUUUUAGAGAAAUCUGGCCUCAAAGGUUAUCAGGUUGGUAAAACAAAAGUGUUUCUUAGAGCUGGUCAAAUGGCAGAAUUAGACACUCGCCGAAAUGAGGUCCUUGGCAGGUCAGCUAUCAUAAUCCAGGGAAAAGUUCGCUCAUACUACGCUCGAAAAAAGUUUUUGUUGUUACGAGUUUCAGCAAUCCAAGUCCAAGCUGUUUGUAGGGGCCAGACCGAACGGGCUCUCUAUGAGUGCAUGAGGAGGGAAGCUGCCUGUCUGAGGAUCCAAAAAGAUGCACGCAAGUACAUUGCAAGGAGAUCUUAUGGAUUGCUGUGUGUUUCAGCUGUUUCCAUUCAAGCAGGACUGCGGGGCAUGGCUUCUCGAAAUGAGCUUCAAUUCAGAAAGCGAAAAAAAGCAGCUAUCUUUAUCCAGAGUGAUUGGCGGAGAUGUGUGAAACGGCGGCAUUAUAGGAGGAUGAAGAAAGCAGCAGUUGUGUUACAAUGUGCCUGGAGAGCUAAAUUGGCCCGCAAAGAACUACGGAAGCUAAAGAUGGCAGCUAAAGAAACUGGAGCUCUCCAAGAUGCCAAAAGCAAGCUGGAAAAGGAAGUUGAAGAGCUGACACAGAGACUACAGGUGGAGAAGCGCAUGAGGGACAAGCUUGAGGAAGCUAAAACCCAGGAAACAAUGAAAUUACAGUCUGCAUUGGAAGAGAUGAGGCUUCAGCUUCAAGAAACUAAAGAGCUGCUCAAGAAGGAACGUGAGGCUGGAACAAAGGUCGUGGAGCAAGGAUCCAUUAUACAAGAGGCCCAGGUUAUAGAUCAGGAGGUGGUCACGGAGGAACGUGCGACUUCCACAAAGAUCGUGGAACAGGGAUCUGUUGUACAAGAGGUCCAGGUUAUAGAUCAGGUUCAGGUCAACAAGCUUACAGCUGAAACUGAGCAGCUUAAGGUUCUUGUUAACUCAUUGGAAAAGGAAAUUGAUGAAAAAGAGAAAAAAUAUGAGGAGACAGUCAGAGUAAGUAAUGAGCGACUGAAGCAAGUUCUGGAGGCCGAGUCUAAGAUAAGUCAGUUGAAGGAUGCCAUGCAAAGUUCGAAAGAGCUGCUAAUGAAGGAUCCUGAGGCAGCCACAAAGUUGUUGGAAGAAGUAGAGUUCCAGGUUGCAGAUCAGGAGGUAUCGGGCAAGAUUACCGCUGAAAAUGAGCAGCUCAAGGUUCUUGUUAACUCAUUGGAAAAGAAGAUUGAUGAAACAGAGAAAAAAUAUGAGGAAACAAGCAAAAUAAGUGAGGAGCGAUUGAAGCAAGCUCUGGAUGCAGAAGCUAAGAUAAUUGAGUUGAAGCUUAACAUGCAAAGGCUUGAAGAGAAACUUUCUGAUAUAGAAGACCAGCAGAUUCUUCGACAGCAAGCAUUAAAUUUACCAACUGGAAGAACUUCAAGUCGCUUUGCACCUUCUGAAAACGGUCAUCAUGAACCACUGGCUGCAGUACCAUCAAGAAGGUUUGGUACAGAUUCAAUGAGGAGAUCCAAUGCUGGAGCAACAAAAUGGUUUGGUACAGAGUCUAUGAGGAGAUCCAUGGCUGAUAGGCAGCGGGAGAGUGUGGAUAUUCUUAUCAAAUGUGUCGGUCAAGAUCUAGGGUUCAGUGAAGGGAAACCAGUGGCAGCAUUUACCAUAUACAAAUGCCUACUUAAUUGGAAUUCCUUUGAAGCAGAAAAAACUAACGUGUUCGAUCGUCUUAUUCAGAUGAUUGGUUCUGCGAUAGAGGAUGAGACAAACAAUAAUCACAUGGCUUAUUGGCUGUCCAACAGUGCAACUUUGUUGUUUUUACUUCAGCAUACACUGAAAACUACUGAUUCAGCUCCAAGUAGACCGCCCCAACCAACAUCAUUUUUUGGUAGAAUGGCACAGAGUUUCCGGUCUUCAUCUGUCAACCUUGCAAUUGGUGGUCUCGACACUGUACGUCAGGUUGAGGCAAAGCAGCCAGCUUUACUUUUUAAGCUACAGCUCAGUGCUUAUGUCGAAAAGAUUUAUGGAAUUGUUCGAGAUAACUGGAAAAAGGACCUGUCUUCACUGCUGACUUCAUGUAUCCAGGCAUCUCAAGCAUCAAAAGGCGCCUCCUUGCAAUCACCACGGAAGUCCGUUGAUGGUUCUUCUCCACCCACUCCGUGGGAUGGCGUAAUUGAGAGCCUAAAUGGGCUUCUCAGUAUACUGAAAGAAAAUUAUGUUCAUCCAGUUUUCGUCCAGAGAAUUCUGAACCAGAUAUUCUCUUACAUAAAUGUUCAGCUGUUCAAUAGCCUUCUCCUUCAAAGAGAGUGUUGUACAUUCAGCAACGGGGAGUAUGUAAAAGCUGGAUUGCAAGAAAUAGAACUUUGGUGCGGCAAUAUGAAAGAAGAGUACGUUGGCUCUUCGUUGGAUGAAUUAAAGCAUGCAAGGCAGGCAGUUGGAUUUUUGGUUAUUAAUCAGAAGUCAAGACUUACAUCUGAAGAUCUAACAACUGAUCUCUGUCCUAUUCUGAGUAGUCAACAGUUGUAUCGGAUAUGUACACUUUACUGGGAUGAAGAUUUUAAUACUCAAGGUGUAUCCCCAGAGGUCAUUUCCAGUUUUAAGGAUCAAGAAAAAGAAGACGCAAAGGAUGCAGAUAAUGCAAAUGAUGCAGAUAACAACUUUAUAUUGGAUGAUAAUUCCAGCAUUCCAAUCUCUGUUGAGGAGAUUAACAGUUCCCUCAAGGACGUUGAUUUUACCGGUGUAAAACCUGCAAAUGAACUGCUUGAAAAUGCAGCCUUCCAAUUUUUACGCGAAUAAGGCUGAGGUUUCUCUAGCAUGAAAUGCAUGUUUUGUUGGAAAGACGUCGUUCAAGUCUCCACGCCAUGAAUACCAACUAUUGUACAUCCAUCAACCUAUUCAUUUUCCUUCCAGACACGUCUUCUCGUUAUACUGUAACAUCCAAUGCCCCUUGUAAAGUUGCUCAAUUGUAGUCUUCUUGUAAAAUUGUAGGUCUAGUUUAGAUAGGAGAAAA